GGUUAAAGGCAACCGGCAGCAUGUCGGCUGGCGCUCCCUUUGAGCGGUUGCCGAGCGGAGCGUCCGUGUGACAGAAGCUGGGCGCAGGAGGCUGAAAGGAGCCUAGUCUAUUGGCGGAGCCCGGUCUGGGUGCCCAGGGUGUCCCGGACGCGGGGCGUGACUGUCGAGGCUGGGGCUAGGCUCCCGAGACCGGUAAUGCCCCGUAGCCCCCGGGGAAGCCGGGAAGCCCAGCCCCGCGGGCCGCUGCAUGCCAUCGACCGGUGCGGAGCCCUUCAGAAUGAACAGGAAGAAAGGAGACAAGGGCUUUGAAAGCCCAAGGCCAUAUAAAUUAUAAGUAUCUUUUCAUUUCUCCCCCUUUUUUUCUCAUUAUUUCGUUUGUAAUUGUUUGAAACCGACUUGGUGGGCCUUGGAAACGGUGGAAAAGGAGUCCUCUCGCUGUGAUGGAAGUGGUCUUUGUAGGGUGAUCAUUAUGAAUGGCAGUGUCAAUUAGCAGAUAUAGUUCACCAUGCAGAUUUAAUGAAUCUUUUUCUUAAAGUACUAAAUUAUUUCUGUCUAAAGAAAUUUGGUUUUUGUGGCUGUUGCUAGAUUUAAAACAAGCAAAUCAUUCCAGUUUGUAGGGUUUUUAAAUGAAAGAUUAACGUGUAAUUUUUGAAUUUAUGUGGAUUAUAUGAUUUUCAUACACACACAAAGGCACACGCAUGCUUAGAACAUAUAUUAAUACUUGGAUAGAGUUUGCUUUCAUGUAAUAAUAGAAAUUAUUUUAUCCUUUUGUAUUUUUUAAUAUACAACCCAUCAAGUUGUCUGCAUCAACAACAUAAAUUUCCAGAGGAAGUCUGUUGUGGGCUUUGUGGAACUGACUAUAUUUCCUACAGUUGCAAACUUGAAUAGAAUAAAGUUGAACAGCAAACAGUGUAGAAUCUAUCGAGUAAGGAUCAAUGAUUUAGAGGCUGCUUUUAUUUAUAAUGAUCCAACCUUAGAAGUUUGUCACAAUGAAUCAAAACAAAUCUUUCAAACUCAGAGAGGAGACGUGAAAAUGGUGUUGAAAAGUCCAGGGACUCUUGAGUUACUCCUAUAACUUCCCAUCUCACAUAGGAGGAAUCUCAAUUAUUUUUCCAAUGCAUAUGCAGCUGCAGUUAGUGCCGUGGAUCCUGAUGCAGGAAAUGGAGAACUUUGCAUUAAGGUUCCAUCAGAGCUAUGGAAGCACGUUGAUGAGUUAAAGGUUCUGAAGAUACACAUUAAUUUUUCUUUGGAUCAGCCAAAAGGAGGUCUUCAUUUUGUGGUACCCAGUGUAGAGGGGAGUAUGGCAGAGAGAGGUGCUCAUGUCUUCUCUUGUGGGUAUCAAAAUUCCACAAGAUUUUGGUUCCCGUGUGUUGAUUCAUACUCUGAAUUAUGUACAUGGAAAUUAGAAUUUACAGUAGAUGCUGCUAUGGUGGCUAUAUCCAAUGGAGAUUUGGUAGAGACAGUGUAUACCCAUGAUAUGAGGAAGAAGACCUUCCAUUAUAUGCUUACCAUUCCUACAGCAGCAUCAAACAUCUCCUUGGCCAUUGGACCUUUUGAAAUACUUGUAGAUCCGUAUAUGCAUGAGGUUACUCAUUUUUGUUUACCCCAACUUCUUCCAUUGCUUAAACAUACCACGUCAUACCUUCAUGAAGUUUUUGAAUUUUAUGAAGAAAUUCUUACAUGUCGAUAUCCAUACUCGUGUUUUAAGACUGUAUUCAUUGAUGAGGCUUAUGUUGAAGUGGCUGCUUAUGCUUCCAUGAGCAUUUUUAGCACAAAUCUUCUACACAGUGCCAUGAUUAUAGAUGAGACACCUUUGACUAGAAGGUGUUUAGCCCAGUCCUUGGCCCAGCAGUUUUUUGGAUGUUUCAUAUCCAGAAUGUCUUGGUCUGAUGAAUGGGUGCUGAAGGGAAUUUCAGGCUAUAUUUAUGGACUUUGGAUGAAGAAAACUUUUGGUGUUAAUGAGUACCACCAUUGGAUUAAAGAGGAGCUAGAUAAAAUAGUGGCAUAUGAACUAAAAACUGGGGGAGUUUUACUACAUCCCAUAUUUGGUGGAGGAAAAGAGAAGGAUAAUCCAGCAUCCCAUCUACACUUUUCCAUAAAGCAUCCGCAUACACUCUCCUGGGAAUACUACACUAUGUUUCAGUGUAAAGCCCAUCUUGUGAUGAGAUUGAUUGAAAAUAGAAUCAGCAUGGAAUUUAUGCUACAAGUUUUCAAUAAAUUGCUAAGCCUGGCUAGUACUGCUUCAUCUCAGAAGUUCCAGUCACAUAUGUGGAGUCAGAUGUUGGUUUCCACAUCUGGGUUUUUGAAAUCCAUUUCAAAUGUCUCUGGCAAAGAUAUCCAGCCCUUAAUAAAGCAGUGGGUAGACCAAAGUGGAGUGGUAAAAUUUUAUGGAAGUUUUGCAUUUAAUAGAAAACGAAAUGUCUUAGAGUUGGAAAUAAAACAAGAUUAUACAUCUCCUGGAACUCAGAAGUAUGUGGGACCACUUAAAGUGACAGUACAGGAAUUAGAUGGAUCCUUCAAUCAUACAUUGCAAAUUGAAGAAAACAGCCUUAAACACGAUAUACCUUGCCAUUCCAAAAGCAGAAGGAAUAAGAAGAAAAAAAUCCCAUUAAUGAAUGGAGAAGAAGUUGACAUGGAUCUUUCUGCAAUGGAUGCUGAUUCCCCUUUGCUGUGGAUAAGGAUAGACCCAGAUAUGUCAGUAUUGAGAAAGGUAGAAUUUGAGCAAGCUGAUUUUAUGUGGCAAUAUCAACUCCGCUAUGAGAGGGAUGUUGUUGCACAGCAGGAAUCCAUCUUGGCUUUGGAAAAAUUUCCUACUCCAGCAUCUCGGCUUGCUCUCACUGACAUAUUAGAACAAGAGCAGUGUUUCUACCGAGUAAGGAUGUCAGCUUGCUUCUGUCUUGCAAAGAUUGCAAAUUCAAUGGUAAGCACGUGGACAGGACCACCAGCCAUGAAGUCACUCUUUACUAGAAUGUUUUGUUGUAAAACUUGUCCAAAUAUUGUGAAAACAAACAACUUCAUGAGCUUUCAAAGUUAUUUUCUACAAAAGACUAUGCCAGUUGCAAUGGCUUUAUUAAGGGAUGUUCAUAACCUUUGUCCCAAAGAAGUCUUAACAUUUAUUUUAGACUUAAUCAAGUACAAUGACAACAGGAAAAAUAAGUUUUCAGAUAACUAUUAUCGUGCAGAAAUGAUUGAUGCUCUGGCCAACUCUGUUACACCUGCAGUUAGUGUGAAUAAUGAAGUUAGAACCCUGGAUAACUUAAAUCCUGAUGUGCGACUAAUUCUUGAAGAAAUCACCAGGUUUUUGAAUAUGGAAAAACUCCUUCCAAGUUAUAGACAUACUAUCACUGUCAGUUGCUUGAGAGCCAUACGGGUACUUCAGAAGAAUGGACAUGUGCCAAGUGAUCCAGCUCUUUUUAAGUCUUACGCUGAAUACGGUCACUUUGUAGACAUCAGGAUAGCAGCUUUGGAAGCAGUUGUUGAUUAUACUAAAGUGGACAGGAGUUACGAAGAAUUGCAGUGGCUUCUUAAUAUGAUUCAGAAUGACCCUGUACCCUAUGUGAGGCAUAAGAUUCUAAAUAUGUUGACUAAGAAUCCACCAUUUACAAAGAACAUGGAGUCUCCAUUAUGCAAUGAAGCCCUGGUAGAUCAACUUUGGAAACUUAUGAAUUCUGGUACUUCACAUGACUGGAGAUUGCGGUGUGGUGCUGUGGACUUGUAUUUCACACUUUUUGGCCUCAGUAGACCUUCCUGUUUACCCUUACCAGAGCUUGGGUUGGUUCUUAAUCUGAAGGAGAAAAAAGCUGUCUUGAAUCCUACUAUAAUUCCAGAGGCUGUAGCAGGCAACCAAGAAGCUGCGAAUAAUCCAAGCAGUCAUGCACAGCUAGUUGGAUUUCAGAAUCCUGAAGAUGAUCACCUUGCCAAGGAAGCAUCAUGUAAUGUAUCAGCUCAUCAGCAGGGAGUGAAGAGGAAGGCUGAUACACCACUGGGGUCCCCACUAGAACCUGGUCAAAUACUGGAGAAGAAUGAGGAUAGCAGUAAAGUCAAACUCAAAAUCAGAUUCUCAAAUUCUCAAGAUGAGGAGGAGAUUGACAUGGAUACUGUUCAUGAUAGUCAGGCCUUCAUCUCCCAUCAUCUGAACAUGCUUGAAAGACCGUCAACUCCAGGACUUUCCAAAUAUCGACCAGCUAGCUCUCGAUCUGCUUUAAUACCUCAGCAUUCAUCAGGUUGUGAUAGCACAACUACCACAAAACCCCCAUGGAGUAUGGAACUUACACGUAAGGGAACAGGUAAAGAACAAUCGCCUUUGGAGAUGAGUAUGCAUCCAGUGGCAACAGCUCCACUCUCAGUAUUUACUAAGGAAUCUACAUCCUCCAAACACAGUGACCACCAUCACCAUGAGCAUAAGAAAAAGAAGAAGAAGCACAAACAUAAACAUAAACACAAGCAUAAGCACGACAGCAAAGAAAAGGACAAGGAUCCUUUCACUUACUCCAGCCCUGCCAGUGGCAGGUCUGCUCGUUCUCCUCUCUUUCAGACUGAAAAAGGGACAAAGAGCCCUUUCCCUCUGUGUCCAGAAGAAUGUAUAUAACUAAAGCUUUAUCCUCUGUAGAGAAUGAUAAAAGGCAGGAAAGGAUUUGCUUUUCUUACAUAAAUUCAGAAUCCAUUUAAGUCCUAGACAUUUGAUUUAUAUUAUUUAUACAAUUGAGAUUUAAUUAGGAAGAUGUGUUUUAUGGUUCUGGAUAAACUAUUUCAUCGCCUGUUUCCUACUUAAAACACUCGCCUGUUUCCUACUUAAAACACACAGACACACAAAGAAAACUUCUUUUACAAAAGCCCUGGUGUCCAUUGGGCAGUCCCCAUUCACAUCAUGAUCUCCAUGUGUACUGCCAAAACCAAUUAUGUUUGAAAGCCUUUGAUGGAUGUUAUGGGGCAGAGUUACGGUUUAAACAGAAGCAACUGCCAAAUUUGUGGUGUAACCACUAUUUCCAGUGAAAUAUUGUAUAACGCCAUUUGAAACUACUGAAAAGACAGAGGCUUUUCUAUAGGAGUCUUCCCUCUUGCACUAUUUUUUGUGUUAACAGUAGAAACUAAGCAAUGUAAUUUAUGAACAAAGAAUAUGUUGUGUUUCCUUUUAUCCUGAAAUACUACAAUUUUUGGAAGAAGUUCUUUUUAGCAAAAAUUGGAAUAACUAUCUUUGAUAGCACAUUUGGUGAUUAUGAUGUUGGAAUUUAACAGAGAUACCAAAUCCACAGUUGUUCUCAAAUCAAGAUGCUUAAAUUAUAAGUUUUGUUUUGUCUUCCAUUAAGUAUAAGUGAAUAGGUUCAUAUGUAAAAUGUUUUGUUAGAUGUGGACAAAUUACACACCCAACAUGUAUUCUUUUUAAAAUCAUAUACCACAACGUAUGACCUUAAGGUGAGUUUAUUUGUUUAUUAAUUUGGAUGAAGACAGUUCAGUACUCAUGUGAGUGUAACAAACAUUUGCAAACAUGUGAAACGUUUUGGUUUCAUGGUUUAGUAAUCUGUGUGGUUUUGUGUUUUUAUUUUUUCUUCUAGAUUUACCACGUGUUUUAUUGUUUGUUUAAGAAUGCUUUUUAUAUCUUCAAUUUUUAUCAUUUCCCAUGUCAUUAAAAAGUUUGACAAGAUACUUGUUCCCUGAACAGAUAUUUCAAAAGGGAUCCAAUAUUGUUAAACUUUUAAGUAUACUUUUAGUUGUAUUUAACUUGUUUAAUAAAUAACUUUUUAAAUUGA